CAGGGUAACACGUCAAGGUAUCACGUCAGAGGAACACCUUCAGGCAACACGUCCAGGUACCACGUUAAGACUACACAACUAUACGUCCAGGUCAACUCCACACACCUGAAGAUGACCAACCUCACCGACGUCCUAGAGGUCAUCUACAUCGACAGCCCGACCAACGCCAGCAGCCCGUGGGACGACAACAUCACCAGCACGCUGCCGAGCAGCAACCUCUCCUCCGUGGAGCAGUACGACGUGCCCACGGGGCUCAUCUGCCUCCUCGCCUUCCUCUACGGCUCCAUCUCCCUCCUUGCCGUCAUCGGCAACGGCCUCGUCAUCCUGGUUAUCGUCAAGAACCGCCGCAUGCACACCGUCACCAACAUCUUCAUCGCCAACCUUGCCGUCGCUGACGUCAUCAUCGGGCUCUUCUCUAUACCGUUUCAGUUUCAGGCCGCCCUCCUCCAGCGCUGGGUCCUGGCCAACUUCAUGUGCUCCCUCGCGCCCUUCGGUCAAGUCGUCAGCGUCAACAUCAGCAUCUUCACCCUCAGCGUCAUCGCCGUCGACCGCUACAUCGCCGUCAUCCACCCCUUCAAAGCCGGCUGCUCCAAGAAAUCCGCCGCCAUCAUCAUCACCGUCAUCUGGGCGGUGGCCAUCGGGGCCGGACUUCCGUUUCCGCUGUUCUACUGGGUCGACACGAUCACGGAAAACGGCGAGGAACAGAUCCGGUGCUCGCGGCACUCGCCCGAGGACCUGGCCAACUUUGACCUCUACUACAACACGCUGCUAGUCUGCUGCCAGUACCUGCUGCCACUGGUCAUCAUCACCUUCUGCUACUGCCGGAUAGCCUGGCAUAUCUGGGGGUCACGGCGACCCGGCGCGCACGUGGCGACGGAGGACGUCAGAGGAAGGAACAAGCGAAAGUCGUCAACAGCAACAGUUGUCAACAACCUGAUCAAGUACCCUGAUUCUCUGAAGAGUAGAUCCUAG